CUUUAGUGGUACUUAAGGUAUUUUACCCUUCUGUCGUGUCUCUUCCUGGCGUCUCCGGUCUCUCCCGCCGGCCAGGGAUCCAGAAUUUUUUUGGCGUUUCUUUCCCGGUACCAAGCGGCGGUCCGUUGCAAUGUUGCCUAGGAAAUAUAUUCCCCUCCAUCGAGAAAGAGGAUUUUUCAUCAUCAGCGAAUUUUCCAAUCAGAUUGGUGUGUUAAAAUAAGGGCCGGGCAAGGGCACCAGAUCCGCCCUCAUAAACCACGGGGUGUGCGUUAGUUAGCUAGGGUUUCAUCAGUGACGGAUCUAGAAAAUUUUAACAGGGUGUCCUUUUCAAAAAAAAAAAAUAAUAAAAUAAAUAAUUCAUAAAUAAAAAAAUAUCGGACUAGUAUAAAUUUUAACAUAAGGCCACGACGUGUUUUUAUAUUCGGAAAAAGAAAAAAAAAUAGGCUUGGUAAAUUGCUCAACAAAUCUGUAUAUCCUACUAGAGAAUAGUUCACGAACUGAUCGCAUAUGGAUUUCUAACCUUGUUAUUGAUGUAACUCAAAGUUGAAAAGAUUCUUUCAACACUUGUUGUGUAACCAUAAAAUCAAUUCAAAUUAAGGGUAGCCCGUAAUUAGUUUAAUUGUUAGGUUUUGGAAAUAGUCGGGGAUAAGGAAUAAUUUUUUACUAUUAUGUAGUGUUUAAAAUAGAACAACAAAUGAGUUGCAACUUAAUGGAGGAUAAUGUUUAAAAAAUAUAGUAUAUCCUAAGUUUGAAUAACACAGACUAUCGCUUAUUUUUUUUAAGUAUACGCAAACUACUACUGAGAAUAGUAUUAUUGUUUUAGGGGUGUCCCAAAUCACUAAUUAUAAUUUUUUGUAUUAUCGUUGUAGGGGUGUCCCAAAUCACUAAUUAUAAUUUUUUUUAUCCAUAUAAAACUAUUACCGGGAUUGAAUAAUCGUAUUCCCAAAUUUUAGAGUGUCUCGGGACACCCCUAAACCCUCAUGCAUGUAUCCGCCCCUGGUUUCAUGGGAAGAAGAAAAACCAACAAAAUUUAAAGCUAAGCUAGGGUUUAGUUUCUCCAGCGAUCGAGGCGCCGAUCGGUCACCACGUACGAUGACGGAGCUUAAACGCGCAACAGCGAGUCGUGAUCACGAUCACUUCCCGGAGGACCUGAUGGACGGAAUCCUGGUCAGACUUCCGUCGCCCUGCCUCCGCCUCUUCCUUUGCGUCUCCAAGUCAUGGUACCGUCUCCUCUCAAACCCUAACUUCAUCUACCGACACCUCUUCUUCAUCCACAACGACUACCGCCGUCGCGUCCCCGAUGACAUCAUGUCACGGAUCCCAAUAAUUUCGAGGGAUACUAAUCUUCGUUAUUGUUCCCUAUCCCGCGAUUCUUCUUGUUCAAGAAUCGAAGUCGAAACCCCCUUUCGCGAUCUGCCACUGCCAACAGUAGCUGCUAACCCUAGCGUGUUUAAGUCAUAUUAUCACGAGCCUCCGAUCGUUAUGGGCGCGUGUGGCGGCUUGAUUUGCGUCCGCUACACGGGCUUCCACAGGAACCGUAUCGGUCUGUUCGAUCCAGCCACAUCGGAGAUGAAACUGCUGCUGCCCAGAGUAAACGACGACGAGUUCCCGACGCAUUGGAUAGCGUUCGGUUUCGGGUUCGACGGGGCGACCGGGGAGUACAAAGUGGUUAGGGUUCGUAAGCUCUCAGCUGGCCACGCGGGGAACAGAACGUCCUCGAUCCAUGUGUGGAGUAGCGUGACAGGAGGAGGUUCGUGGAGGAAAGUUGAGCAUGAUCGUGGUGUUGAUGAUAGUACGUUGCCGCUAGGUUUAUCGGAUUCGCGGGAGGAGAUCCCGCAGCACUGUCCUGCGGUGAGGCUGGGUGGGAGAAAAGGCAAGUGUUUCUGGGCAGGAUGGAGGACAACGCAUCUUAUAGUGGUUUCGUUUGACAUGGCCCGCGAGGCGCUGGAGGUGAAAACCCUAGCCACGCCUCGCUGCUGUGAUGAUGAUGAUGAGCAUCGGCUUCCUAAAAUUGCUGACCAGCCCGUCGUUUUCAUGUUGAAGGAAGAGACGCUUGCUAUCUUCCAGUUGCACGUGCAUGGCUACUCCAAUUCCCUUGACAUAUGGGUACUGUUGAAUAAUGUUGGAGAAUCUUGGUCCAAGUUGUUUAGCAUUCCCACUACUACUACUACUUCAUGGAGUUCAAUAAUGCUAAUAAUGAGGCCCAUAGGACUGUCGAGAGAAGGGGAAGUGAUUCUUUGGGGUCGUCAUGCCCCCGCGGCGGUGCAUGUCCUGGAUCCUACCACGGGGCAAAUGUAUGCUCUGCCGAUUGGAGCUUCUCAGUAUCAUGUGCAGCAGCUUGCAACCUACGUUCCAAUGGAGGAGGUGCCAUUGUUCGGAUGAAAUCAUAUUCUAGUUCUACACUAGUCUUAGAACACAUGGAUGUUGUCUUUGUUUACUAUUUGGACUAUUUUGUCGAUGUUAUUAUGUUUUGGAGUUUAGUAUGCAUUUUAUAGUAUGCUAGUGGAUUAGCUGGUAAUUCCUACCACAGGGCAAAUGGUAUGUAUAAUCUGCCAAUUUCCCAGUAUCUUGUACAACAUCUUGCAGCCUACGUUUCCAAUGGAAGUGUCAUGAUUUGGAUGACUAAUAUUGUACACUAGCCUACGUUUCCAAGGGAAAAUGCAAACAACAACCAGGUGAUCGAUCUGCUGAUCGGGCACCUUGUUCUUACCAGUUUGUUGUGCUGCGAGAGAUAAUCUUGUUAGAGAGGGUUGACUGAUCUGAUCAUCAAAACUUGCUUGUGAUAUUAGUUCUGGAUGUUCUCUCAUCAAAUCAUAUAUAAUAGCCCCAGUAGAGAGAUUUCAAGAACAAAGAAUCCAUGUUCCCAUAGAAACACACACACACAACACAACCAAGAGCUUGAAAGGACACCAGACCAGGGGCGGACCCACGGGGUUUUAGGGGUGUCCCCGGACACCCCUAAAUUUCGGGAUAAUGAUUAUCCAACCCCCGGUGGUAAUUUACGUAUAGACAAAAAAAUAUAAUUGAUAGUGAGAGACACCCCUGAAAUUUGAAAAAAUGAUUAUCCUACUGUCAUUUGUGCAUAAAAAUAUAAAUGGUAGGUUGGGUAAUUCAAAUCUAGAACACUAUUAUUAUUAAUAAACUUAAUUUCCGUCGAGUUACAACUCAUUUGUUGUUCGAUUUUGAACAAAUGUGUGAUAGUAAAAAGUCAUUCCAUAUCUCUAAUUGUUUUAAAAACCUAACAAUUAAACUAAUUUCAAUCUACCCUUAAUUUGUAUUGAUUUUAUGAUUGUACGGCAAGUGUUGAAAGAGUCUUUCAGCUUUGGGUUACAUCAAGAAUAAGUUUACAAAUCGAAUAUGCGAUAAGUUCUUGAAUGAUUGUCUAGUAGGGUAUAUAGAAAAAAACAUUAACACUAUAAACACCAAGUGUAUUCUACAAUUCUACAAAAAAAAAAAAUUAAUCUGUACGAGUAAGGUAUUUUCAUAUUUACAAUUUUAUUUUUAUUAAUUAUUUUAUUUUUAUUUAAUUUAUUUUUUAAAAGAGGACACCCCUGUGGAAAAUUUCUCGGUCCGCCACUGCACCAGACAGUUUGAUCAGUGAAUGAAACACAAAGGGCUCUCGUCAUGUCGAUCCUUCAUUACCCAUUAAAGCAUCCAAGCGCCGCUAUUGUUGUUAACAGGUCAGGUAGAGUGUGCAUUUGUUAUAAACUCAAAUCGACCCGGUCAAAGCGAGUUGAACACGGUGUUCACGAGUUUUGGAUCGAGAACGAGGCUUGCCCAUUUUAACAUUUUUUUACUUCUCUUUUUCGUUUUUGUUGAGAAUGACAAUUGAACCCAGACCCAAUGUUGACGAGUUUUGUAUUGAGAGUGAGUUUGAUCCGCUUUUAUAAUUGACAUGUUUGGUCGUGAAUUCUUUAAAAACUUUGUUCGACCAAGUCAAAGCGAGUUGAACUCACCGUCAAUAUUUUUUUAUUGGGAAUGAGUUUUAUCUACUUUAGUGUUUUUAUUUAUCUUUUCCCUGGUUAAGAAUGACAAGCGAACUAAAACCCAAGGUAUCCAAUCUAAUUCAUCUGCUCAAAACGACUACAACCCAAUAUUAACAAGUUUAUGACCGGGACUGACUUUUAUUCGCUUUUUUAAUUGGCAUGUUGGGUCAAGUGUGAAUUUAGUUAAAAAAAAUUGGUUCAACCCGGUCAAAUCGUGUUGAACAUGUUGUUCCCGAGUUUUGGCUCGGGAGCAAGUUUCAUCCGCUUUAGUGUUUGUUAAUUAAUUUUCCUUUUGACUGAGAAUGCUAAUUGAACCCAACCCGAUCAACGCGAGUUGAAUCGUCUCAAACCUGAGAUCAUCCCCGAAAAUCCAUAAAAAAGAGAAUCAAGAUAU